GCUGUCCUUUCUGGUUUUUCAGCAUUUGGCACUAAUCACCCGACUAGACGAGCGGGUGCUCUGAUGAACGGGUGCUCUGAACCGGUGCUUGGUGCAACAAUCUCUCAUUGGGGUUUUAGAUUAGAAUUCAUUGCUAGUAAUAUACGUAUAGGCAGAAAAUUCUCUGGAUUAGUUGAG